AUGGAUAAAUCCAUAUCGUCGUGCUGGUGCCUCUUCUAUCCGUUUUUGCAAGCAGAGCAGAGCAGCGUUUUGUUUAGUAGAUGCUUCCGGGUGGGAAAGUGGUUUGCUGAAUUGUUUUCAUCGGCGGGAUUUCCAGAGAUGAUGAAUGCGUUCGGGUUAACUCUAGCUCCCCCCAAAUUUCACUUUCGAUGCCGUUCACAUCGUUUUGGUACAUUCCAGAGAAGCGUUCGUCCAGAUGAUGCAGCUUCUCCUCUUCUUCAAAGGACUUGUUUAGCACUUUCUUCUCAAAGAAGCAAUGCUAUAAUCGUCCGUGCCAUGAGUGCUUCCUUUGGGGAUAUGUCAGACGAUUCAUCUGGUUCAGCUGUUUUCCCUCGGAUCAAUGUCAAAGACCCAUACAAACGUCUUGGGAUAAGCCGGAUGGCUUCAGAGGAUGAAAUUCAAGGCGCGAGGAACUUUCUCAUUCAGCAGUACGCUGGUCAUAAGGCUAGUGUUGAUGCGAUUGAAUCAGCUCAUGACAAGAUUAUCAUGCAGAAGUUCCAUGAGAGGAAAAACCCAAAGAUCGACCUAAGCAAGAAGGUCCGCCAAGUGAGACAGUCCAAAGUUGUAAGCUUUGUUUUCAACAGAUUCCAAACUCCUCCUACUGCUUUCCUUGUCAAAACGGCAGUCACGUUUUCAGUUCUCGGCGCUCUUACGGUUCUGUUCCCGACAGAAGAAGGACCCACUCUGCAGGUUUUGUUAUCUGUAAUAGCUACGUUUUACUUUAUUCACCAAAGGCUGAAGAAGAAGCUCUGGUCUUUCCUUUACGGGACUGGUUCUUUCAUCUUCUCGUGGCUGAUUGGGACCUUCUUGAUGGUUUCUGUGAUCCCGCCCUUCAUCAAAGGACCAAGAGGUUUCGAAGUCAUGUCUUCGCUUUUAAGCUACGUUUUGCUUUGGGUGGCUUCGAGCUACCUUAGGUAGCAUUCGAGCUCUGUUCUUUCCCUCUCUUUUUGGGUCGCAAAUUCCCAAAAAGUUAUUUUCUCGGAUAUGUGAAAAAAAAACACAAGACGAGAAAUUGCAGCAUCAUGUUGCAUAGAGAAAGAUAUUUUUAUUCUUGAAGAGUUGCUUAUUGACGAGAUAUACAUUUUCCAUUAAAAGUUUAGGGUUGGUUCCAGAAA